UGACCCCAAACCCAAGCAACCUUUGAAAAAUUUGACAGAAAUGGCAAAGUAACAGGCCCUGGGGAAAAGAUUUUCUCUUCGAGUCCUAAAAGAAAAACUGAACCGUGGAACCAUGUUGGAGUCCUACCCCAGUCUUAUCCUUUUGCAGCUGGUUGUGCUAUUCUCGGUGGGGAUUAUCUAUCUGAGAGUCCCCUCUCUGGGAGACUUCGAACCGCAGAAUGUGGAGUCGCUAAAGGAGCCACCGCCGGCCGAUCGCCUCGUUAUCUUCCUGAGGGAUGGACUCUCCGCCCAAACAUUCUUGUCCAACAAAUGCCAUUCUAUUCCCUUGCUCCAAAACAUCUUUAUGCGUGAAGGUCUGGUGGGAAUCAGUCGCCCCGAGACAACCACCUAUUCGUCCUUGUCGCCAUACGUAUCCUUGUUUACGGGUUACAAUGAGAAUGCCGCGGUGGUGGCACGUGGAUGGGUUCAGUAUCCGACCCUCGACACGAUUUUCAGACGGAGUUACCGAAGUUAUGCCUGGACCACCUCGGCAGUGCUCAGACGCCUUCCCGACAUCGGGAACCAAGCCAAGGUGAUAAACUACAAGACCCGAUCCCACGGAACCACAGCCCACUUCCAGCCGGAGAAAGCUACGUUCUACGCCGUGGAAAAACUUCUCACCAAAGAAUCCAGACGGUUGAGGAAUAUGACAGGACUCGUUUUCUUCAUCCACCUGACGGGUGAGGAACCAUCAUCACAGAACCUCCAUCAAAUCGAAUCAAAUAUCCAUAAAAUGUAUCAACUGUUUGAAGAUUUCUUACCCGAUAAGAGAACGGCAUAUCUCCUCACCUCCAAUCUGGGUAAUCCGCAGACCAAAACCGAAUGCAAACUGGCAGUGGAAUCCCCCUUCUUCCUCUGGGGAUCUGGUGUGGCUCACAUUAAGUCCAUGCCAGGGCGAAGCUUUGUGGCCAACAGCACUGGGUUCAGGCUACCACUGCAUGUCCUGCAUCCGCCCCAGAUCACUGCCCUCAUGAGCGCCAUGCUGGGACUGGCACCACCAGUGAACAGUCGGGGCAUCCUGCCCAAUGGAUUUCUGAACGCCAGUAUACGGUACGAGGCCAAUGCUAUGUUCACCAAUGCCAGGCAGCUCCUGGCCCAAGCCCGUCACCUGAGGGAGCAGCAUCCCAGCAGAUUACCCGCCUUCUGGCUGGACGCCCAGACAAUGGAUAGUUUUUUGAAGAACUGCCUGGGCUUGAAGGGUCAACGGCGCUUCAAAGCUCUGCGGGAUUAUGCAGCCAACUUCAUGCCGGUGCUGGUCAAGGGAAUCGAUUACUAUCAGCACUUUUAUGAUGUCGGACUGCUGGUGGCGGUGAGUCUGGCGGGGAUUGGAUGGGUGUACUGUUUGCGCUGUCGUUUGGGCAAUGGAGCAGUCUUCAAGGGAAGCUCCGAGGAACCGAAAGCAUCACAUGGCCUGAUGUGGUGUCGGGCUUUCUCCCGGACACUGACUGGGCUCUUGGUGAUCUACAUGCUGCUGGACGGAUUUCCCCUUUCGGUGAUGAUGGUUCUCAUGCUGCCCUCACUGUACUGGAUGCUUAACCUGAAAGUGAUCGGCAACCGUCCCAGAAUGGUCUGCCGCUUUAGUUUGCUCCUUCCCGCGAGUAUAGCCUUAAUUUGCUUGGGAGGAUUCUUCAAGCGCCACCUUAUUACCUUGGGCUAUUUAUCCUUUGCCUGCUUCUCCAACAGAGAUGCCUUCCGCGUCCGAGGACUUUACUUCUACAUCUGGCUUUUGCUGCUGCUGGGACUUGGGUGUCUGCCAUUUCAACCGGAGCCCAUGGGCUGCUCCCAGCCAGGAGCUCUAGUCUUCAGUAUCCUUCUCACUCUACUGCGUCCUCUGGCCUGUGGAAUUUACCACAAUCUAGUCACCUGGUUGAGCAACCUCUUUGUGCUGCUCAUCGCUCUCGAGCACGUCCUUAUAGGAUGGUAUCCAGACGCAACAUAUAUAGUUUCCUGGAUAUAUCUGGGCUUCGUGGCCUUUUCGCAAAGACGUAAUCUGCAGCCCAGCGAACUGAUGUUCUUCAACCUGAGUACUUUGUACACGUUAUCCUGCACAUCCUACGAAGCGGUUGUUAUCCAAAUGCUGGCUCUCGAACUGCAGAUGGCACUGCGGAUGAAGCUGGAGAGGAAUGAGACUGUUGGACCGAAAACAGCAGCCACAUAUAUAUUCCUCUACAGUUGGUAUUCUCUAUUCGCAAUUGGCAGCUUUCCUGCCUUCGACGACUACUUGGAUAUCCUACACGAAUCCUGCCUCGGCCAUCUAAGCGUGACUCAUGCCCUGGUAAUGUGUCUUAAACUGACGCUGCCGUGGCUGCUUCUGCUCUGCAUCCUGGCUGGGAACUUCAAGGACAUCCGGGCACACGAACGUGAAAUUUUUCUAUGGCUUCUGUUUAUGAGUAACAUAAUGUCGCUGGUUCUCCUGUGGCGAGUUCAAGAUUACGGUCCUUGGCGGGAGAUCCUUAGCCGAUUCGCGGAGUUCGCAGUGGUCCAGGUGUUCCCAAUCAUCUGGCUCGGUCUCUGGAAACUAGCACAGUUGAAAGUGGGUUCCAAAUGGAUAUCUCAAUUGCCGGAAAGGGCACCCAGUCAUUAAGUCUUCUUUGUAAUUCAAAGUGUUAUGUAUUACUGAUAAAAACAAGGAUCAAUAAAUAUGUAUUUUAUAUAAUUGUCAUCUUAAA